UCAUCCCGUCAUGGCGGAGAGCGCGGACAUGGAGCAGCUCCUGACGUCUUUUAGGAAGUUUGCCGUCCACGGAGACACGAAGGCUACGGGGAAGGAGCUGACCGGGAGGAACUGGGCCAAACUGUGCAAAGACUGCAAGAUCAUCGACGGCAAGAACGUCAGCGGCACCGACGUGGACAUCGUCUUCUCCAAAGUCAAACAGAAGACGUCUCGGGUCAUGACCUUUGAGGAGUUUCGCAGAGCUCUGGAGGAACUCGCCCUAAAAAGGUUCAAAGGUCAAAGCAGAGACGAGGCGCUGCAGUCCAUCUUCAGGCUGGUGGAGGGCCGAGAGCCCGCCAACGUGGGCGUGACG